AGAAUGGAGUAUGCUAUGGUAGAGCGCAAGUAGUGCAGAGCUUGAUAGGAGUCUCCGCACGGUUGUUAUACGGGCAGCGUGGAGCGACGUCUAGAAUUGCAGGCGGUGGACAAGGCGAUCGGCGCUUCAAGGUCAUAAUGCGGGGGCGCCUUACAAACAAAGAGCGCGGCUCUGCACCACAGCAACAGCAGCCGAAUCAAGACGGGUGGCCCGCGCUCACCAACGUGACUCUGCGCCGACUCUGACACUGACGUCUCUUUCGCGAUACACUUUUUCUCGACUUUUCUCGACACGCGCAAUAAUACGACCGACACGACUGCACUCGCUACACGAGCACACACGAAUUACGACCUUUGCACCCACCACAUCCGCACCCAACAUGGCGUCUCCAGCAGCACAGAUGGGAGGCUCCAAGGGCGGCAAGGAGCCCAUUCUCUUCCGCUUCUGCUCAGAAUGUUCCAACUUGCUGUUCCCCCGCGAAGACAAGUCCGAGAACAAGCUGCUUUUCGCCUGCCGCACAUGCAGCUUCACCGAAGAAGCGCCCUCAUCCUGCGUUAUGCGCCACGAAAUCGCGUCCACAGUCGGAGCCACAGCCGGUGUCACAGCCGAGGUUGCUCAGGAUCCCACGGUUGGUUACUCCCUGUCCGAUGCCCAAGCUGCCCAGGCCGCUCUUUCUGAGGAGAUGCCCUGCUGCACCAUGUGUGGCAUGCCCAUCAUGUGCCAGGAGUGCGGCGAGGAAUCGGCUCCUGGCUUUGCGCUGGAGGCCGAGGACGAGGACCCGCAGGCAGAGCGUCCCCAGCAGGAGAUGCGCGAGGAGGAUGAGAUGUUUGAAGAUUACGACGACGAUUACGAUGAAGACAUGUGGGACGAACCCACGUCUUGAAAGCGCCCCCUGCGUCUCCCACCAGUACAGUUGCUUGCUUGCUCUUGAGCGUGCUCGCUGACUGUACCCGUGUCUAGUUACCGCGUAUCCAGAAGCAAUGCACAGAGUGCGGCGAGAAUGAAGCCGUCUUCUUCCAGUCGCAGCAGCGGACCGCCGAGACGGGCAUGGCCCUUUACUACGUUUGCGCCGGAUGCGGUCACGUCUCGCGCCCGUCCG